UAAUUAAAUAUUAGUCAAGCAAAAAAAAUUAUAUAAAGAUAUUUUCUAAAUUAUUUCUUAGAUAUGAGUGUUUUAAAAAAAAUUAACACAAUAGUAAGUAUAUAUUUUGAUAAAAAAAUAUUUGACAUUUAUAAAUAUGUUGAUGUUUGAUUUAACUAUUUAAAACCAUAAAUAAUAAUUUAUUAUGUUGGUUUUAGAUUAAUAAAACAUAAACUAAUAAGUAUUCAUAAAAAGUUUAUGCCUGCAUGUGCGGGCAAAACACCUAGUUUAAGAGUAACUUAAUAACUUAAAAAGCUAUACUAAAACCAAUAACUAAACUUUAAUAUAAGUUUUUAUUUACGUUUACUCUAUCCAACUUAUGAAACCAAAAUAAUGAUGUUCUAACUAUCUUAAAGCCAAGAAUUCUUUUAAAUGAAUGGCCUAAAAUUAUUGAAGCAAACUAAUCGUUUGAAAAAUGUAUUUUUUAAAAAAAUAUUGAAUGGCCAAAAAUCAAGACAAAUAUAAGAACACUGUUAAUCAAAAAAUUAUGUAGAGAGUAAUUUGGAUGUUUCAUGACCAAUGAAACAAUCUCGCAGCUUGAACGCAGUUUCCAGCUAAAAAGGUUAAAUUUUACAUACCGAUUCCGUUAUUCAUCUUUCUUAUGGACUAUUAUUUAUGCCGUUUUUAUUGUUCAUAUCAAAGCUGUCCACAUAAGAAAUAACAAUUAACAAAAUAUAAUUAUAUGGUCUUUUCAACAGAUUUCAGUUUUGAAACACAUUUUUAAAAGCUAAGCAUCGAGAACAAACCAAAUCCCAAGGCAAAGAACACGAGACAAAUUAUCACAGGAAGGGGAAAAAAUGACGUUUAACAGUGAUAGGUUUAUAAAAACCCUAGCGUGGUUCCUUGUGGUGCACUUCACCGCAUUCUCCUACGCCGGGAGGUCACAUUUCGUCACAACGGAGCUAAACAUCCGUAAUGAAAUGCAAGGCUUGAAACGUCCAGAGAUCGUUUACUUCUGUCAAGCUUUAAACAGUGGCCUUGAAUACGGAUGGAGACGAGCCAAGAAGCCACCAUUGGGCCAUACCCUCCAUGUACUCUUGGAAGGUGGCCAGAAGCUAGAGGAGGAGAUUCACCGCUGCCAUUUCAGGUCCGUGCGCGGUACAGCGGACGUAGAUAUUCGUAUGACCGCGAUAGAUGCCGAGAUGUGUAAUGAUAAAAAGGCAUGUGCAGUUCAUGAGGUUACACCUGAAGGGAUAAUUUUUGAUGGUAAGGAAUGGGAUUUUGAGGAGAGGUAUCCACGGCUGAUACCGAGGAGAUACCUUGAAGCUAAGUGGAAACCUUGGCCAAGACGCAGCGACCGUGUGGCCCAGGGAAGCCCACGUAGGCGCGGGGGUUCACAAUGA